GAGCCCAUUCGCCGCGUCUUGGAUGAAGGCAUUGUAUGGGAGGAGCGCUGGAUCUCGCCUUUGGCAGUGCGCUUCUCCCAGGGAAAGAUCCACCCCUUCUUCCACGAGCGCGGCCCCAUCUCAGAGGUCAUGCUGCAGAUAAAGUUGAAAGCCGAGGAGGGCAAAAGGAGCAAGCGGAUUGAGCCUCCUUUUCCUCCAGUCCGGCUUCUACACCUCAAGGAGCAGGGCGUCCUCGUCACCCUGGACAAUCGAAGGCUGUACGCGCUCCAGCGGUUCGCGCUGCAGGAGUGGCCCACACCCUGCCUUGUGCGUGCACUUUGCGUGGACGAGCUCACGCCAACAAGGCUACGGGCAGAGAACCGCAAGUUCACAAACCGACUAUGUGGACUCCAAUUAGAGGUGGAGAGCCGAAGCAAUGCCUUCGACACCUUCAGCUGGGUGACAGAGGCCGCACAGACGGAAGCGCCGCGCUUCUGUCGCCUCGUGGCUCUCCGCGCCUACGACCGGGCAGUGUCCUUGUUACCAGUGCUGGUGGUUCACUCGCUCCUCUGUCAGAAGCUGCGCCCCUACCUUCGGGCAAGGUGGCCACUUCUGCGAUUCUUGGCAGUGUCGCUGCCCUCCCCACAGAAGCGAGAGUUCGCGAGCAAGAGAGUCUUGCUGCAGCAUAUCUUGGAGCUCUCCAAGCCGACUGGCGAGGUGCUAACAUGCCCGCGCGUUUGUGUCGGCUACAAGGCUGAGACAGUCGUCGCCUUGGGCAAGGGCCGAAGCUGCGUCUCGUCGAAGCUUUCUGUCGAGCGGCCGCUUAGCUUGCUGCAGGCUCCUGGGCCUCUCUCCCGGAUCCAGCGCCGCGUGCUGUCAGCACUGCUGCCCAUGAGCUGCCUACCUUACGUACGCAGCUCCCUGCGUGGUGCGGCCCAGGACUGGAUCAUGGGCUUCCUUCUUGCCUGGGGGAAGGCCUGGGCACAGCUUUGCGAGUUGGGCAAGGUUGGCGGCAGAGCCAAACCUGGCUUCUUGGGAGGUUGCCGCUUUCAGGCUGCAGCUUUUGCCACUCCCAUGAGAGGCGCACCACCUUUGUUCAGCUUCUUGCUUAGCCGGCAAGCCUACCACACUUCACGCCAGGCCAUUGAUCGGAGUCUGUGA